CACCAACGUCUGGGAGAGAGCGUGGUGCUGAGGCUGCUGGAGCCCUAUGUGGGAAAGGGCAGAAGUGUCACCACUGAUAAUUUCUUUACCUCACUAAAUAUGGCAAAAACCCUUCAACACAAACACACCAGCCUGGUUGGAACGUGCAACAGGAGCAGGCGUGAGCUUCCACCUGCGGUGCAGCAGCAGCAAAAGGAGCUGUUCUCGACAAAGGUGCUGAAGCACGACCGUGCCACCCUCACGGUGUACCAGGGAAAGCCCAGGAAGAACGUGGCUCUCCUCAGCACCAUGCACCCAGUUGUGACCAUUGGGGCUGACAGGAAGAAAAAGCCAGAGACUGUGAGCUUCUACAAUGUCACCAAGGUGGGAGUCGACGUCCUGGAUCAGAUGGCUCGGCUCUACACCGUAAAAGGUGCAACAAGAAGAUGGCCUGUUGCCGUUUUUUACAACCUUCUGGACAUGGCUGCAAUAAAUGCAUACGUCCUCUUAAAAUCCUGCACCGGCCAGACUAUCCCAAGGAGAGCCUUCAUUUUGCAGCUGGCCAAAGAACUGCGGGAGGAGCACCUCAGUGGCAAGGUGUCACUACAGUCGGUGCCACAGGAGCUGCAACAGCCACAGGCACUGGCAAACAGGAGGCAGUGCCAAAUCAACAGCUAA